UUUUAGCUUCUCCUUUGAUUCGCUGGACUUUUCGUGAGACUAAAAUAAGAAAAUACGACUUUGAUACAUUAAGAAUGUGUAAACACACCACUCUGGGUUCGUGACUUAGCUGCCUGUUGCUUUAACUAACACGCUGGAGUUGCCUUAUAGUCGUAACUUUUGACGAAACAUACGCUAGCUAAGUAGUGGGUGAACCGUUUUCUUACCAUGUUAGGACAAAGACGAAAAAAGGUACAAAAGUGGCGGCGUUGUCUUUCCAAUACAGUCGGUGUUGCCUUCAGGAGCUCUGUUUUGUUGUUAUUGCUCUCGUUCCGCCACGCGAGCAGAUAACGGUGUGUUGUGAUGGUUUAAUGCCGCUUUCGGGGUUUAUAUCAAAGUGCGCGGGUGUUUUCCAUUGAUUUGGGACGAGUCCCUUCUUAAACCACCCCUUGCUCCUUUGCCCGAUGGUGAUGUCAUUUCGAGGGGGCGAGUACCGACCCCCUUCUGGUUAACUGCUUGGUGUCUCCGUCGAAAACUGUAGUCUGUUAACUGUAGCCUCCUUACGCAUUUUCUUCAUGUAAAUCUCAUUUUUACGGAGCGUCGUUAAAUAUGACACGUGACUACAGUCUGUUAUUGUAACAGAAUCUCUCCUAAAAUAGAACCGAUCAAGUACAACAAAUGUGUAUUUAUUUAUGUAUAAUAACUGCGGCGAGCAUUCGUUUGUCACGUUUGGAUAACUCCUCCUGACCUAAAUUAAAAUAACACAACAUGAUUCAUCUGUGUGGUAUCACAUUUUCCCUCGAGACAUGACGCAGCGUCGGAGGACCGGGAACUACACAACGGGAAAAUCGAUUAAGUACAUAUAUUAUAAUACCCCUUAAAAACACAAAAUAAAACAUAUGUAGGAUUUAGAUUGUAUAUUUAGAUAAUACCAGCACAUCGAAGUGGAUUUUUUUUUUGUGAUGACUGAUUUAAAAAAAAAAAAAAAAAAAGAGUGCUAAAUUUCCUGACGUGACCACUAACGGUGAAUGCAACAUAGAACACGUGACUCAAAUCCAGGAAGUGAAUCGAGUGUCAACAUUGAAACCAUGGCUUCCUCAGACUGGCAUCUGUCCCUGAAGCUGCUGGAUCAGCCCAAAUCUACCUUCCACUUCCCGGAGAUGAUGCCUGGGGACGUGACUCCCGGAGGCUACAGAGUCGCCACCCUAAAGCAGCUUGUGGCCGCUCACCUCCCAGACUCCAUACCCGACCCCGACCUCAUAGAGUUGGUCCAUUGUGGGCGUAAGCUGAAGGACGACUUCACACUGGAUGCCUGCGGAAUUCAACCGGGAUCUACGUUGCACGUACUGAAAAAGACCUGGCCGGAACCUGAGAGCAUUGCAGAACCUGUGAACAGGGCCACUGCGGCCAGGGAGUUCCGAAUGCUCCACGCUGCCCUCCACUCGCUACACUCCACCUACAGAGACUCAUACGCUGACGUCUCAAGCGUCACAAAAAGCCAAACAAAAAGAAAACCUCCUGCCUGCACCCAGGUGUACAAAAUGCUGACCAACAAGGAGUCUCUGGAUCAGAUCAUCGUGGCCACACCAGGGCUCAGAUCCGACCCGAUAGCUCUAGGCGUUCUGCAAGACAAAGAUCUCUUCGUGCAGUUCACAGACCCCAGCAUGUUGGACACACUCAUCAGCUCUCACCCGGCACUGGUCAACGCCAUCAUCCUGGUGCUGCACUCCGUGGCAGGAAGCACGCCCACACAGUCCACCGCCACCGGCUCCUCUUCCCGCAACGUCUCAGCCAGCUCCUACAGUGACAUGCCAGGAGGCUUUAUGUUCGAGGGCAUGUCCGAUGAUGACGAAGACUUCCAGUCUCAGGGCAGCCCGACGGGCCCUUCAAGCAGAGCGGGGGCCUCGACGGGGAUACGGCCGCUCUCUCUGAACCACAGCGGCGCCACGGGCCCUCGACCAAUCACUCAGAGCGAACUAGCCACGGCGCUAGCCCUAGCUAGCACACCCGAAAGCAGCGCAGUGACCCCAACCACAGCCAGCCAGGCCGAGCCCUCGAGCGGCGGCCCCCCCAUGCCAGCAGGGACCCCCGUCAGCAACGACCUGUUCAGCCAGGCGCUGCAACAAGCCCUCCAAGCCACCAACAUGUCUGCCCUGCAGGGUCGCUGGCAGUCGCAGAUGCAGCAGCUCAGAGACAUGGGCAUCCAGGACGAGGAGUUGAUGCUCCGAGCUCUGCAAGCCACCGACGGAGACAUCCAGGCCGCUUUGGAGCUCAUCUUCGCCGGAGGACCUGGACUCUGAACACUGACCUUCUCAUGGACCUGGACUCAGAACCUCCACAUAAAUAACAUAGGACUUUUGCUGUCACAUUAUGACAUUUACUGUAUUAUAAUAUCCUCAUACUUUCUGUCAUUCACUACAUUUAUAAUAAAUACAAAUAUCGAUGUUUUUGUACCCUCACCUCAGUUUUAUAGAGAGAGCACUUUAAAAAAAACAACAGCUGAAACAAAGUGCUGUGCAUAUACUGUUUAAAAUUUGAACAUAUAACCUUAGACGACUGAACUCUACAAAGGACUCUUGCUAUCACACUGAAAGUUAAAGAAAAAUAUGGGAA